ACCGCAGCAAACAGCUCAGUUACAAGACUAUUGGACCAAGUUCGUUUGGGAAAGAAGUGCGUGUCAGAGAAACGUCCGCCGUGUUGUGCGUGGGUUGUGUACUUGGAGUCUAUUUACCAGUGACGAGGAACACGAUGAAGCCCUCAAUCUCUCUGUUCCUGCUGGCCAGCAUAUUUCUGCUUUCUGCUUUGCUAAAUGAGGCCGCCGGGAAUUGCCCCAAGGGAAAAUCAGGACCUGGGUGUAAAGUUAUCCACCGUCGCUGCCCGGACCGUACCGAACCGACAAGACUGUUUUCGUGGGUAGCGCUAGCCGGAACGUGCGACGACCAUUCUUGCAAAACACCGAAGACUUUAAGCGACGCCAAAGCCCGAUGCCAUGAGCAAGGCUACAGGCUCUUCGACUUUGGAGUAUUUACGACCCUGCCCAUCGGCAGCAGGUAUCAGGUUGACUUGAUGAUGGAGGAGAUGCUCCAAACGAGACAUUAUGGCGACAAUGUGCAAUCAUGGACAACGUACAAACACAAGGGACAGGAUGUCGUCUACAACUUAGCCAGGACGGGCACAUCUGUAAACCUCUUCAGGUCAAAUCAGCUCAGCGACGUCAUCUGCACAGGUGUCUGGAAGACUUGGCCGGUCAGCCAUAAAGGUGGCGAGUUCCUUCUUGCUAGACUGGAUUCUCGUGCUUUUUCGUUUAAUUAUUCCCCCAAGACUUGCGAACACAAUGGGUACCAAUCAUUUACUCCUGCCCAUAGUGACUUUCUACGAGACACCACGGAAGCACUACGAGAUAUCGGUGCAUUUGCUCACCAGUUUAGGUUCGGGUGGGCCACGGGGAAAACACCUACAAGAGACUAUUUCCGUCUAAACGCCGGGCGGCACCCAUCUUUCCACUAUCAAGGUAGUGGACAUGCAAAUUCCGAUUAUGCGCUUUGCUACGGAUGCCAGGAAGGUUACAGUGGCAAAUGGUGCAAGCCCAAGUGCGCAAUACACUGCAUGAAUGGAGGAGUGUGCUCUGGAUCAAAAUGCACUUGCCCCGCUGAUUUCACCAACCCUGACUGCUCGAUAAGGAACUGCCUUAAUGGAGGAGUGUCUGUUGGUCGUAAAUGCUCGUGCUCAACGGGUUUCCAUGGUACACGCUGUGAACACAGGCGCUAAGAGAGAUGAUUCGGGUGAAUGGCGCCUAAAAAAAAGGCCGGGAGCAAGGAGUUUGGCAUGCAAGGCAGAAACGGAUUUCUUUCAGUAGUACUGUAGCACCAUCCAUACGUAUCAGACAAGCUACGAGGAGUGUGCUGCGAGAACGAGGGAAGCAUCUGCAAUGUAUGUUGAUUCGUCUUUUUUUCUUCUUUCCUUUCGUUGUCUGCGGGAGAGGAGGGGAGCUGCUGGAUUUUAACAUGUGCAUGUGCAUCACAUGUGCAUAGCCUCUCCUUUCUCAUUAUCUGUUCUUCUCUUCGAGUGUGUUUAACACUACACGUAGAAUGCUUUCCUCCCCCACUCACACAUUUGAUCUGCCCGGUGCUGACAUAUUUUGGCCUUCCUAUCAAUUAUCGUACUGAACAAGAA